CGCCACUUAAAGGAGUCGUCUGAAGUUUUUUUUUUUUUUUUUUUUUUUAAAUCUCCGCUUUAACACUACGGUCCAGGCUUUCUGACACACCGGCUCCAGCUAUAUCACCUCUCUUGCCUUGCUAGAACAUUGUGUCCUUUCUGGGGGGAAAAUGACUGCCAAGCAUCGGAAAGGAAAAGGCAACCACAAACACGAAGAUAACUUUUUCAAAAAUGAAGUUAUUGAGCCGGAAGUUCGCGCUGGAGCGAAUAACUACACUCCUCUGUUGGUCUUAUUUCUUAUGAUUGUAAUUGGCGGUGCCACUGGCGCAUGGUUCUGUUUCCAGCAGCACCAAACUUUAACCUACUUGACAGACAAUCUCAUGGGCAUGCAGAUGAAGAUAGUGAAGUUACAGUCCUCCCACGAAGAAAUGCGACAGUCAAGUAGUAAGCACAUUUCAGAGAAUCUGGAGACCCGCCUGAGUACCCUGGAGGAGUCUUAUGCACUGGCCCAGAAACAGGUGGGCAUGGCCCUGGCUACAGCUGAGCAGCUCAAGACGUCUGACCUCCCUGCUCAGGUACUGUCGCUCCACACCGAGAUGAAAUCCCGCCUGGCAGAGAUGCAGCAGGCCACCGUGUCCCUGGAGCAACUGAGCCAGCUACAGACCAUGCUGAAGGGGAAGAGCGAGGAAUUCGAGGGCGUCAGGGUUCAGGUGGAGGAUCUGGCCACACUGAGCACCGAACUGUCUCAGAAGGUAGAGGUCCUAACGGAAAGCCUGGGCGUUGCAGAAUCGAAGCUGGAGGAGAGAGUCAGCCAGGUUGCCACACUGAGUUCUGCCCUGGAUGGACAGGCUGCUGAGGUGCUCAGACUGAAGGAGCAGCUGGAUGCCCAUCAGGCUCAGCUGGAGGCCAGCACACUGGAGAUGGCUACUGUCAGAGAGUUGCUUGAGAAUGAGCAGUCCCAGCAGCUCCAGCAGGCCGGUGUGGAGGAGCAGCUCAAUACGGUACGUCAGAGUCUGCAGGAUCAGAACUCAGCAGCCCAUAGUCUGCACUCUGAACUCAGGGCUCAGUUGGAGAAUAUACAGACGCAGGUUACCCAGCUGGUGGGUGAAGUGCAACCUCCCGCUGAGCCUGUGGAACAGGUGGAGGAAGAAACGGCUCCCACAGCUCAAGAGGAGGCAGCUGCAGCAACUGAAGAGGAAGGAGAGGAAGCACUUGCUAUAAAUGUAGAAAAGGAGGCAGAGGCAGAUGAGCAAGGAGAGACAGCUGUACAAGAUGAAGCGCCUGUCAAGGAGGAGGAGGUCUCUGUGACAGAAGAAACUGUUCCUGCAGAGGAGGUGGAGGUGGCAGAGGAGGAGAAGGAGACAGAGCAAGAUGACUCAGUUACCUUACCAGAAAAGGAGGAAGUGGAGACUACACAAACAGAAGAGGAGGAACAAAGUGUAGAAGAGGAGAUGCCUGAGGAGGAGACCCAGAAAGCAGAUGAUGAUGAUGAGGAGGAGGAGGAGGAGGAGGAAUCUGAAGGAGAGGAAGUUCAGGAAGAGGCAUCGGUUGAGGAGGAGAGCCACAAAGCAGAAGAAGAGGAGGAGGUAUCUGAAGGAGAGGAGGCAGCACAGGAGGAAGACCAAAAGGCAGAAGGGGAGAUGGCAUCGGAAGGAGAGGAAGGACUGGAGGAGGAGAAGGAGACACUUAAUGUAGAGGAGGAACUAGCAGAGGAGGAAGAACAGCAGGAUGUAGGAGCUGAAGAGGAGGCAGAUGAGGGAGAGGAGCCAUUAGAAAAUGAUGAUUUACCAGAGGACGAAUAGUUUCUUUUCACACCAGACACACACAACCAAGGAGAAUGAGAACUUCCUUAGUUUAAUGUCACUGUCUACAACACAACAAAUGCUGUAGGAAGACGUUAUUGAUUGCUGUUUUUUAGGUGCAGUGUUCAUUACGCAGUUGCUCUUUGAAAGGCAGACCUAACCAGAAGAAUUCAAUCACUAUGCUGGAGUUGGAGCUGAAACGCGUAUCUCGAAAUAUGAGAUGGCUGUUUGAAAAUGAGUAUUUCAGGUAGUAUUUCACCUGUCAAUAAUAACCUCAAAAGCCUUAAUCCAUAAAAGUAUAAAUGUGUUUCUACAGAGCAUUUUCCACUUUUCAUAACUUGCACUUUUUCUUUGUCAAGGUUAGGUUCUGUACUAAACUGGAAAACUAAAAGCCAAUGACAUAACAAGAAGCUAAUGCAUAAACUGUUUAUCAGUGCACUUGAAGCCAUAAGCAAUGCCUGUCUUGGUGACAUUAAAAUAUCUUUCUUGCUGUCACUGCCUGGAAUGUAUCAUGAGACAAUAUUUGAAAAGAUAAAACAGAGUGAGUUGUUGUAUCCCUGGUGUUUACACGGGCAAAACAGCCAACUAAAGAGCUAGAAAAAAAGGAAAAGAAAGCAUCUUUGAUAAGAUUCAUUCUUGAACGUUUUUAAGGUAUAGGAUACGCUGUAGUUGAUAGAUUUUUUUUACUUUAUAAAGUACAUAUCUGUGGUUCAGUACUUAAAAACAGAAGGUUUUCUUGAUAUAGUUUGGCUUGAUGUCUUUUUUGCACUUUUUAAACUGACUACAAUUCCAGCCAGACAAAAUACACCUGUAGUAUUGUAAGAUACAGUGGGGUCUAAAAGCUUCAGCCUUCUACCAAGACCGGUUUAGUUCCAUCAGCAUCAUCCAACUGCCCAAAUAUUCUUUAUUAAGAAAAUGCAAUAUUUAGUUAGUUCAGAUCAUUUAGUGCUAUUGUGGGUCUGCAGAUAUUCUAUGCAAUUGCUUUGGAAAAAAACACUUUGUAAUGAUAAGAAGAGUUUAGAGAAGCACCUCAGGGACAAAAUGUUCUCUAGAUGGAUGGAAAACUAUCAGUGAUUAAAUGCAGAUAAACUGUACGUUUUUAGAGCCACUUAUAUGUACACAAGCCCAGCACCAAGUUCAGUAUCCUGUAUCAAGCUAACAUGUUCAGUGAAAAGACAGUUGGCAAAUUACACAUAAUGUAUUUGUAAAGCAGCUGCCAGAUUACAUCUUCAAUAACAACAUCUGUCCUUUGUCCAAGCGGAAUCAAAACUUCACUGUUGAAAACCAGAAGCCUUGAUCACAGAUUAAUCAUAGUUUUAACUUGUUUACUUAUGGAAAUGGGAGAGUUUUAAUGUGGGGGUGUAAACUCACACAUGGUCAGCUGCACAUCAGCCAAGCCGAUGGACUACUUCACCCUGCAGAGUCAUGACAGACUUGAUGGCUCGAAUAGCUCGAAACAAUACCAGGAGUGUCUGAAGUGUGAGAGAGGAGCUGCUGGUCUUUUCCUCAACAGUCACCUGAUUUCAACCCUGCUGAACAUGUCUGAAAAUAAAAACAAAAAAGGCAAAAUGUACAGCCACAUCUCAAGACUGUGAGAUACUCUGAAGACAACAUGAAUAAUGUGAAUCCUCAAAUAAUGUUAAAAAGCUGUGACAAGGGAAAACAUAAGACAUAUCACAUAUUACUAAUAUCACAUAUAUUGUUAUAAAAUUAACACUUACCUCUUUGGACACGUGACAUGAUUGUGUAGUCAUGGUUUAUGAUUAAACAGGCUUCUUGGUGGUAUAGUCAGACUUUUGGACACCACUGUACUUUUUUACUUAAACCAAUAUUCACUUUUACAAAAUGCACUGUUUUGCCAAGGCAUUGGUUUCUGUCAGUAUGACACUUCCCUCAUUGUCAUGUUUUUAAAAUAAACCCUGGUUCUUUCA